AUGGCAAAAUCGAAGUUCGGCCUUCUUCGGCGUGUCAAGGGCAAGCUGGCCUCAGCCCUUGGUAAAAUCGUUGCCCGGGUGCAUCGGAAGGACACUCAGAGACCUGAGAAUCCUCAUUGGGAAGGCUUCUCGGACGCUUUCAAUGGUGGAUCGACUGACUUCAGCUUUGUGACGACCCCAGAAUCGGCCUAUCGUCUACACAGCCCCCUUAUGCGGUCCCCCACCGGUCUCUUCGUCCAGCACACUGAUCCGAUCCAGGACCUAUCUUGGCCAGAACCGAUCGACCCACCUUCUGGCUCCAAUUUCUCCUAUGCUGACUUGCGUUACCUGGGCACGAAAUACUCGGAUGGGUCCAGCCGCGCCGCGCUCAGCUCCUCUCCGAGCUCUUUCUGGGAGACUGAGGCAUCUUCGGAUGCUCUCAUGACUUCACUGCUAAACGGUCUUCCAGAAAUUCCUCGGCUUCGACGAAGACCAGGUCGAAGAAACCUCCAGUUAGACCGUCCUUCAAGCCACCACGACGUGGCCUCUAUGUCGGAAAUUUCAAGUCUCGGUCACGGUGAAACAGAAUUUGCUGAGGCUUUGGACGAACCAUCUCAAACAGACAGCUCCCAGCAGCCACGCCAAGGUUGGGUCGACCACGAGGUCCGUCCGCAUCACAGUGUUUCGGAGGCUGUUGAAGCUCAGGAAUUCGCUUUGCCAGCGUCUGGAGGCGUUGAUGGUUCACCUGGACCCACCAUUCGUGAUGAUUCCGACUCGCCUUCGCCUCCUUCUCUGUCUCAAGCCGCAGUCUCUGACACUUCCUUGAAUUCGAAUCCUCAGCGACCACAGAAUCCAAUGGUACAGAACUUUGCCGUCGGCAGCAAUACGCUGCCUGAUCCAUUUAUGGCAGGUUCAGAACGGUGUCAAGCUCACCAGUUAUGGUCGGAGUUGUCGAGCUCUUCAGAUUCGAGGCCCAGUCCGGUAUACCAAGGCAAUGGGGUCUAUGUCCUUCACGAUGGGACUAUCCAUGAUAUCCAGCAUGGGCGUCGACAUGUCCAGGUUUCACCAGGAAGUGGAGUCCGCUCCGAUCAAGGAGAUGUGCAGAAUGUUUCUUCGGAUGAGGCAAAUCAGGCCGACAGAUUCGAUACUCCCAGCGGAGGGAGUGACUCGUUACCAUCAAGUCCUCCUCUGACCGCGAUCCGCCGUCUCCACACCGCGGUGUCGAAUCUCGAAGGAUUCACCUCACCUGCCGCACGGGAAGCCGUGCAUGACCUGGAGCAAGCAGUUGACGGCGUCGUAGCGAUUAUCGACACCCUUCUCGACGACAUUGAGGUCCAUGCAUUUAACGCCGAGGAGCGCCGGCGGAGGCUCGCCGACCAGCUCUCGGAACUGGCUAUGGCACACAGAGUGAUCCAAGAACGGGAUCGAGAGAUCAAUCGGCUCAACCACCCUGAGCUGUACGGUGAGAAUACCACACCCCCCGAGUACGCAUCUGACGCUCAGCAGGACCCUCGAUCUGUGACCCGAACUCCCGGCCGCGUGCAAGACAACAACUCACCCACGCCAGCGACUGUGGUUCGUCGCCCAGCGUCCGAGGGUGACCAUUCUAGUGACCGCCAGGUGUCCGUGACCGCAGAGGCUGGCUCCGCUGCACCCUCGUACUGCACCUCUCCUGAUACUGAAAGUGUUGUCCACUCACAAACUUUAGCUCCGCAAGUGGUCGCACAGGGGAGCCCAGCCUCCAGCCAGUCCAGAGAAUCCGACAAUAUAAUGUUGAGGCGGACACCGCGAUUCCGUCGCCCGACGCUGUAA